AAAAAUUAAAAGACCUUUAAUUUGCAACACCUUCAGUUUAGCAGCUGUCGAUAUAACAAUAAAUUAAUUUAUCAAAAAUGCACGUUUUUAAAGAUGUUUUUACGCACGAGGAUGUGUUUUCAGAUGCUUUCACGUACGAUACGGAUGAUACCGAUUUGUUUUAUAUCGUGCAAGGAAAAAUAAUUUCAGAGCAUGAAGGAAUAGACGACAAACUCAUUAGUGCAAACAAAUCUUUUCUAAAAAAAGGUGAAAAGUUACACGACAAAGACUUGCUCUUUCCUGACAUUAUCCGUGCAAACCAGCUUGAUCGAAUAAAAUCUAUUCAUAGUAAAGAACGCCUCAAAAAGUUACUGGAUGCUUAUGUAGCUAAGCUAACGAAUUUUGUUAAAGAUGAAAAACGAUUGUCUGUUAUAAAAGAAAACAUGAAUAAAACUUUAGACAAUUUAUUUAUUUCUCGCUAUAGCGAUAAACUAAGUUUUUAUGAAACAGAAGGAAAUGCAGUAGAUAUGCAAGGAAUGAUUAUUGUCUACGAACAAGAUGAUGUUCAUGGAUCAGAAGUUGUCGGACAUGGUUGCAAGAUGUAUGUGUUCAAAGAUGGAGUUUACAAAGUCGACGUUUGAAUAAAAACUAAUUUUUAAACUCUGGUUGCUUUGGCAAUCAUAAAAAAGUAAACUACUAAAUGUUAUAGAGAAAUAAUAUUUAUGAAAAUAUCAGACAAAUAGAUGUAAUUAUGAGCGGUCUAAUUUCUGCUUGUUAGAUUUGAUUUGUUGUUAAACAUCUGGUUUUAUUUGUCAUUUAUUAUAUUAGAUUAAAUUUUUAUUUGUAUCAAUUAUAUUUGGUAAUGGCAUUCUUUUAUUUUUUGACAUUUAUUGAAUAUUUUAUGCAUCUUAUUUAUGUAAAAUAUCUUGAAAGAUUCUUAACUCUUGAGUUGAGUUGUAUUAAAAAGCAAUUUUUUUUAUUGCAAAAACGUUGUUACUAACUGGUAUAUUUUUUGUAUUAAAAAAAAGCGAAAACCUGGAUUUUAAAAAAAUAAAACAUUCUUGGAUUAAAUAUAACGAAUUAAACAUUU